CAAUCCUUGUUGCAGACAAAAAAAAUCAGUAAAAUCUCAUCAUGUAUCGUGAAAAGAAAAAAAGAAAAAUAUUGGCAACAAAAUCACAGUUUUAAAUUUAUUUAUUUAUUUUUUAUAAUUUCAUCUGUUUGAAUAGUGAUUUAUAUUUCUUGUGAAUUCACGAAAUCAAUCAAUACAUCUUUACUUUACUGAUUAUUUUCUAUCUCUAUAAUCAAGAGACGCCUCCACUUUAUUCAAUGCUUAAUAUUUUUUAUUUACAACAAUAAAAUAAAUCUCUUUCUCCCAUUUGUUUAUAUACUCAAAUUUAUUUGAAAACAAUGAAUCCUGCAAAUCAAAAUUUAGUGAAUCCCAUUGGAGAUGGAGGAGAAAAUAAGGGCAGCUGUCUACUAUUGCGCUAUGCGAGUCAAAAUUCUCUAGACGAAAGUUCGCAAAAGCAUGUGCCACGUGAAAAUGGCAAGGACAAACCACCGUAUAGAAAUCAUCAUCAUACGGAUCGAGCCUUUGAAGUUAUGAAUGCCAUGCGCAAGCAAAAUUUACUUUGCGAUGUAAUACUCAUAGCAGACGGUGGGAUUGAAGUACCAGCACAUAAAAUGAUUUUAGCUGCUUGUAGCCCUUAUUUUUAUGCAAUGUUCACAAGUUUUGAGGAACGAGAUCAAGAUAAAAUAAAACUUCAAGGAGUUGAUCAUUCGGCAUUAGAAUUACUUGUUGAAUAUGUUUAUUCAGCUGAAGUUUAUGUCACAGAAGAUAAUGUUCAAGUUCUAUUGCCAGCAGCAAAUUUACUUCAAUUAACGGAUGUUCGAGAUGCGUGUUGUGAUUUUUUACAAGCACAACUUCAUCCAUCAAAUUGUUUAGGAAUAAGAGCAUUUGCCGAUCUUCAUGGUUGUUUAGAAUUACUUACACAUGCCGACAGUUAUAUUGAACAAAAUUUUUCGGAAGUUGUGGAGGGGGAGGAAUUUUUAACAUUGACACCACUACAAGUUGGAAAAUUGAUUUGUAGUGAUCGUUUGACUGUUACAUCGGAGGAAAAAGUAUUUGAAUGUGUUAUUUCUUGGGUUCAUCAUGAUCUUGAGAAACGACAGCAUGUACUGGCGGAAUUAAUGGAACAUGUGAGAUUGCCACUUUUGUCACAGGAAUAUUUGGUACAACGUGUCGAAGAGGAACCACUUUUAAAAACUAAUUCACAGUGUAAAGAUUUUCUAAUAGAAGCCCUGAAAUAUCAUCUAUUGAAAGGAGAACAAAAAUCACUUUUUAAAACGCCGAGAACAAAACCUAGACAACCGCGAGGUUUACCGAAAGUUUUAUUGGUUGUCGGUGGUCAAGCACCAAAAGCAAUUCGAAGCGUCGAGUGUUAUGAUUUCAAAAAAGAAAGAUGGUAUCAAGUUUCUGAGCUUCCUACUCGAAGAUGUAGAGCUGGAUUAUCUGUACUUGGCGAUCGAGUAUACGCUGUUGGUGGUUUUAAUGGAUCUUUACGAGUGCGUACAGUGGAUGUUUACGAUGCAUCUGCUGAUAAGUGGCAAGCAUGCCCUGGAAUGGAAGCAAGACGAUCAACGUUAGGCGUUGCAGUCCUUGGAAAUUGUAUUUACGCAGUUGGAGGCUUUGAUGGAUCAACAGGAUUAAAUUCAGCUGAGGUUUAUGAUCCGAGAACACACGAGUGGAGAAUGAUUGCUCCAAUGUCAACGCGAAGAAGUAGCGUUGGUGUUGGUGUUGUUAAAGGUCUUUUGUACGCUGUUGGAGGUUAUGAUGGUGCAUCACGUCAAUGUUUAUCUAGUGUUGAGUGUUAUAAUCCAGAGAAGGAUCAAUGGAAACCUGUUCCAUCAAUGUCGGCGAGAAGAAGUGGUGCUGGAGUAGGAGUUCUCGAUGGGAUUUUAUAUGCAGUCGGUGGUCACGAUGGUCCUUUGGUUAGAAAAAGUGUCGAGGCUUUUAAUCCAGAGAGUAAUCAAUGGACUCCUGUUAGUGAUAUGGCACUCUGUCGACGUAAUGCAGGUGUUGUUGCACUGAAUGGAUUGCUCUAUGUUGUCGGAGGUGAUGAUGGAUCAUCGAAUUUAGAUUCAGUGGAAGUUUAUUCGCCGAGAACAGACACUUGGACAACAUUGCCAACUUGCAUGAGUAUUGGCCGUAGUUACGCGGGAGUUGCGAUAAUUGAUAAAUCAUUGACCUCGACAUCGAGUAUGUGAGGUCAGCAGACCGCU